GGGCCAAGCGCAAACUCGGAAGUCGGAACACGCGAGAGGCUCCCCUUGAGACCAGGCGACGGUUGGAGUCCCGAGCUGCGAGUAAAAGAACGACUGACUGGAAUUGCCUGUUUCAUUGUGCAACGUCAACUGCUUUACAAUGCUCCGUCAACCAGCAAUACGCCGACUCGCGCAGCUCCCGACAAGGAGCCCAUUCCAGAGCAGGGUCCAAAGCCGAUCCCUUCUGUCCCGCCGGUCGAGCAGGACACAUGGCCGGCCCGUCGAGAACCUCAAUAUCCGGCAGCUUUCCGAACAAUCAGAGGAGUACCAGCGCAAUCGACGAAUCUUUCUCUGGUGCGGCACCGUCGCGGGUGUCGUCUCCUUCAUCUACACUUCCUACAAGAUCGCAGUAGAGCUGUCCAAGCCUGUACAGCUCGACUCAAGUUUGCCGUCAACUGACCCCCUAGCUGGACCCAGCGGCGGGGCGGACCGGAAAGUCGUGGUUUACGACGAGGAAGGACGUGAGAUUGUGCCCACGGGCAACAGCACAGUACCAACCUUUCCCCGAACCAUUGACCUCCCUGAUUACACGGGCCCAAUAUCCUCAUCCUCCAACUCGGACUCAGCCGACCCGAGCACAAUCCCGACGCUUACAAGUCCAACAACCGAGUACACUUUGGUCGGCCUUGGCCUCCGCACCGUCACCUUCAUCAAUCUGCAGGUCUACGUUGUCGGCUACUAUGUAGCCACAUCGGAUAUCGCGGCGCUACAAGCCGCGCUAACCAAGAAGAUCAACCCGAUCGCGACGACGCUUGUGCCCGGCGAGCGCGAGGAGCUACGCGCGCUUCUUCUCGACCCGGUCGCGGGCGAGCAGGCCUGGGACGAGCUGCUCAGGAGCGGCAUCCCCGCACGGUCGGCGUUCCGCGUCGUCCCCGUGCGCGACACUGACUUCCAUCAUCUGCGCGACGGGUUCGUGCGCGCCAUCCAAGCCCGCGCGCCGACGGUGGGUUCCCCCCGCGCGGGGACGGCAGCCGAGGACGAGGCGUUUGGCGAGGCGAUGCGCCAGUUCCGGGCCGUCUUCAACCGCGGCAGCGUGCCAAAGAGGAAGGAGUUGUUGUUGGUCAGAGAUGAAACGGGGAGGUUGAGCAUCACGUACGGAGGUGAUCGCCGGGCCGGGAGGCAGUUGAUUGGCGUCGUUGAGGACGAGCGCGUGUCAAGAGCACUCUGGCUCAAUUACCUGGCCGGGAAGAAGGUGGCGAGCGAGCCGGCGCGGAAGAAUAUUGUCGAGGGCAUCAUGGAGUUUGUGGAGCGGCCUGUCGGCACCGUGGCGUCGCAGGUUGUGCCUGUUAUCAACGCGAAGCCGUAGCUGAGACUACUCUCUCACGUGUACGAAUAGCAUGUAAACCCCAACCUCAUCGGGCGGCUAACGGGCUCAUUUCUAAUGUUCGUGCGAACCUGGUAUGAUGCUACAGCACGCCUCUGCAAUGUUGGGUAUCCCAAUCCUAAACCAU